AUUUGUAACAAAAAUCAGAGGCUCGCAAUACGCGUUCUGAGCUCUUCGCGACGCGUUGCGAGCUGCUCACGACGCGUUCUGAACUAUAAGCCUCGCAACGCGUUCCCAAAUUCUCGCGACGCGUUGCCAGACAAAAUUUCUUUGCCGACAAAAAUCAGGUGAUUCUAACACGUGAUUCUACCUAGUCCUAGCCACGUGGCUGCAAUAUCAAAAAUUGCAAAAAAAUCUUGGCAGAUACUGGUAGUAAAGCUGUGUUAGUUUGUUUGGGAGAAAGAAAAAGAGAAGUUUGUUUUAGAGCUAAUUCCACAGAGGAAGAAGAAUGGAAAGCGUUUAUGGAUGCUGUGCGCUGUACGUUUGCUGAUGUGCUCCCAGGGUCCUCAUCAGGAUCAUCAGGCAAUUUGAUCGUUCAAUUAAAGAAUGAGAAUUGGGAGGGAGAAUUUGUUGAUUUCCCCAAAAACUCCAAGAUUACACACCACUCUGUGCUGAGGAUUAUUCCUCAAAGUGAAUCCCUUAAGGGAAAAGGGUUAGCUGAGAAAGGCUCCUACCUGUGCAAAAAGAUGGGGAAUCCUUCCCUGACUCAGAAGGAAAGGUUGGGACAGCUUUUCCGAGGAGGAUCUAAGAUUGGAGGUGGAUCUGGAAGUAGAAAACGAAGUUUUGACCCCCAAUCAGAAAGCGUAGUCCUUUCAAACCAGCGGAAAAAAAGAGCUGCCAUAAGGAGUGUUCGGCCAGUAACGAGGGAGGUGAUGCUUUUGAGUGAAUACACCCCAAAGAUCCCAAAGGGUAGAUUCCGGACUGAAUUGAAAGACAAUGGACGCAUGAAAUCCCUCCAGUUCACCCGAACCAUGACACCAAAGGAAGCCAGUGAUGUAAUCAUGAAAGGGUUCCACACUCUUGAAGGAUUUUCGAAGUUUCAGUAUUUGGACACCAACAAAGAUGUGCUUGAUCUGAGCAGUAAUCAAGUUUUGGCCGGGAACGAUGUCAUUGACAGACGAGGUGCUUUAUACCUGUGUGAGAAGUGGAAUGAAGGUGUCAUUGACGCUACUACUGAGAGAAUGGAAGUCACUAGCACACUGCCUCCCAGUUUGUCUGCCGGAGACUCCACUCCAAGUGUGUCUGCUUCUGCAGGUGUGUCUCCUCUCACAACUCCUCCAAGUGUGUCUCCUCUCACAACUCCUCCAAGUGUGUCUCCUCUCACGACCCCUCCAAGUGUGUCUGCUUCUCCAGGUGUGUCUCCUCUCACGACCCCUCCAAGUGUGUCUGCUCCUGCACCUCUCACGACUCCUCCAAGUGUGUCUGCUCCUCCAGGUGUGUCUCCUCUCACGACCCCUUCAAGUGUGUCUGCUCCUCCAGGUGUGUCUCUUCUCACGACUCCUCCAAGUGUAUCUGCUCCUCCAGGUGUGUCUCCUCUCACGACCCCUCCAAGUGUGUCUGCUCCUCCAGGUGUGUCUCGUCUCACGACUCCUCCAAGUGUAUUUGCUCCUCCAGGUGUGUCUCCUCUCACGACCCCUCCAAGUGUGUCUGCUCCUCCAGGUGUGUCUCCUCUCACGACCCCUCCAAGUGUGUCUGCUCCUCCAGGUGUGUCUCCUCUCACGACCCCUCCAAGUGUGUCUGCUCCUCCAGGUGUGUAUCCUCUCACGACUCCUCCAAGUGUAUCUGCCCCUCCAGGUGUGUCUCUUCUCACGACUGUGUCUGCUUCUCCAGGUGUGUCUCUUCUCACGAUCCCUUCAAGUGUGUCAGAAGAUAUUAACCAGAGGAGAGAACUUAUACGGGAACAGAACUGGGAAUAUGAGGAAAGCCUUAGAGCAGAUGAAGAAAAGGAUGCAAGAAGGUUGAUGGACAGAGAGAGGGUAGACAGACUGGCUAGUUUAAGGGAGCAACUGGCAGAGAGGCUUGUCGCCAGAUACUGUAUGGAGGGGCAUGGGAAACAACUUAUGUUGAGACUUCCAGAUGGGAAGACGUUAUCUGUUCGAUUUCUUCAAGGAACCGUGUUGUAUCAGUACGUUUUUGUCAAAGGUGGAAUUGAUGUUCCUUUUGGAAUAUUCAACCUUUUCCCUCGGACCCUGCUUGAUCACAACUCAGAUACUCUCGUUGAAGACAUUAGAGAUGCAGUGCUAGCUGUUGAGACCAGUGGAGACAACUCUAACUCUGUCUUGUUCAAUCCCACAGAUUUCAUUGAAGAGGGUAUGACUGAAAUAAGUGAGGUGGAGAAGGUUUUAAAGAAAGCUGAAACAGAUCGUGAAGCAUACUUAGAAAGUAUCACUACCUGUCGCUGGAGGAUUACUCGCACUGUUAUUCGUUCCGACAUAUUUGACUCUGUUUUAUCACUUUACAGUGGUGAGCACAUCAAUGCUUUGCUCUUAGAGAAUCCGUUAACGAUCCAGUUUGAAGGUGAACAAGCUAUUGACCUAGGGGGUGUUUGCCGCGAAAUGUAUUCCGCUUUCUUUGAAGAAAUGUAUAGGAGAGCUUUUGAUGGCAACAUCCUUUUGUCUCCAGUGGUACACCCCCAAAUCGAUUUUGGUGUCCUACCAAAGAUCGGCACCGUCAUCUCACAUUGUUAUGUUGCUUGUGGUGUUCUACCGAUACGAAUAGCUUUCCCUGCUCUAGUUCAAUGUCUGUUGGGAUUGUCAGCUGUGGUGUCAGAUUUCAUUCUCUGUGAAACGUUCAUUGACAGCCUCAGCACAUACGAGGCUGAUAGCUUCAAACAAGCAUUUGCUCAGAUUACAGAUGAUCCUCAGCGGAAAAGCUUUAGUGAGGAGUUAUCCAGCAAGCUCAUUGCAACAUUCAGUCGAUUUGGCAGUAGGACAUAUCCUACACCUACCAAGCUGAAGCAGAUGCUGCUCCAAGUUGCUUCUUACGAGUUUUUGUUAAAGCCCGCUGCUGCUAUCACAGCAAUUAAUCGAGGAAUUCCACCUCUUCAUGCCCCCUUUUGGCAAAAGCUGGGUGUUGCAGGAAUUUUAGCUGUUUAUAGGGCACAGACUGUGUCUCCAGCAAAAGUUCUCGGUAUGCUCGAUGAAGAGCAGGGGAAAACAGAGAAUGAAGAACGUGUAUUAGGUUACCUCCGGCAGUUUGUUGCUAGCUUAUCUGAGGAAGAUCUCCGGCUGUUUUUAAGAUUUUGCACUGGCAGCACAGUAUGUAAUGGAGGCAAACUUGGUGUAUCAUUCAAUGCACUAGAAGGUGUUGGUCGCAGGCCCAUUGCACACACGUGUGAGCCUUGUCUUGAGUUAUCUUCCAAUUACUAUACAUUCCCUGAGUUUGUUACUGAGUUCAAGGCUUACCUUGCCAACGAAUACUCCUGGAUUAUGGAUGCUCUUUGAAUUAAUAGACUGAACGUGUUACUCAUUAUUUUAUCAUCAUUAAUGUCACUUAUUAUCGUACAAAGGCGUUGACUCACUUUUUUUUGCAUGUGUUGUGUGAUUCCCAAAUAAUUAUAAUAAUGGUUUUUGUGUUAAAAACAAUUUUGGAAGAAUUUAACAAGAUUAUAUUUCUGACCUGA